GAAAGUAAACAGACUUAACUGAGGAUGUCUGAAAACCUUGACAAGUCCCAUGUAGACGAAGCAGGAGAGUCAAAGUUGGCUGCUUCUGAGCAAGCCCGGGAAGGUGCUCUGGGGUGUUCUGAUGAAACCUUACAGAAAAAAGUGACGUCGGACUCACCUAGUCCCCAAAGAGUGGGAAGACCUCACUCAAGUCCUCCUCGGCUUGUCACUGUAGAGGAACUUCUAGAAACAGCAAAAGGAGUCACCAACAUGGCUCUAGCCCAUGAAAUUGUGGUAAAUGGAGACUUCCGGAUUAAUGCUGUUGAAUUACCCGAAGGCAGCUUGGAGAAGAGAGUAAAGGAGAUUGUACAUAAAGCAUUCUGGGAUUGCUUGAGUGUCCAGCUAAGUGAAGACCCCCCAACAUAUGACCAUGCCAUCAAACUUGUAGGAGAGGUCAAGGAGACUCUGUUAUCUUUCUUGCUGCCUGGUCACACGAGACUAAGAAACCAGAUAACAGAAGUCUUGGAUCUGGAACUGAUAAAACAAGAAGCGGAGAAUGGGGCCCUAGACAUUUCCAAGCUGGCAGAAUUCAUUAUUGGCAUGAUGGGGAUAUUGUGUGCACCUGCUCGAGAUGAGGAGGUUAAAAAACUAAAGGACAUUAAGGAAAUAGUGCCUCUUUUCAGGGCAAUAUUUUCUGUGUUGGACCUAAUGAAAGUGGACAUGGCCAACUUUGCUAUCAGUAGCAUCAGGCCACACCUCAUGCAGCAGUCAGUCGAAUAUGAGAGGAAGAAGUUUCAGGAAGUGUUGGAGAAGCAGCCGAACUCCCUGGACUUUGUCACCCAGUGGCUGGAGGAGGCCUCAAAUGACUUGUUGACUCAGAAGUACAGACAUGCCCUGCCAGCUGGAGGAGCUGCUGCUGGCUCUGGGGAUGCUCCACUGCUGACCCCUAUUUCUGUCCAGAAUUAUGCCUACUUGAAGCUUCUGAAAUGGGACCACUUCCAGAGACCGUUCCCUGAGACAGUUUUGAUGGACCAGUCUCGUUUCCAAGAGCUCCAGCUGCAGUUGGAGCAGCUAGCCAUCCUGGGGGCUGUGCUGCUGGUCACAUUCAGUACCGCUGCACCUGGAAUUUCUGGGCAUGCCGACUUUGCUGAGAAGCUCAAGAUGAUGGUGAAGAUUCUGCUAACAGACAUGCAUCUGCCAUCCUUCCAUCUGGAGGACGCCUUGACUUCCAUUGGGGAGAAAGUGUGCCUGGAGGUGAGCAGCUGCCUCUCCCUGUGUGGAUCCUCCCCAUUCUCCAUCCAUAAGGAGACUGUGCUCAAGGGCCAGAUUCAGGCCCUCGCCAGUCCUGACGACCCCAUUCGCAGGAUCAUGGAGUCCCGAAUUUUGACCUUCUUGGAGACAUACCUUGCCUCUGGUCAUCAGAAGCUCUUGCCUACAGUGCCUGGCGGACUGGGACCCAUUCAGAAAGAGCUGGAAGAAGUUGCUGUGAAGUUUGUGCGCCUGGUCAACUAUAACAAGAUGGUAUUCUGUCCUUACUACGAUGCAAUACUCAGUAAGCUCCUCCUCCGCUCCUGAGUGCGCGGCUGCCACGGCACGUGCUCGGCUCAGAACCCCUUCGCAGUGCGUGGAGAAUGGAUGUGGUACAUUCCUGUUUAAUAGCGCUGAUUCCACGGGGACUGAAGAAUGCACUGAAUUCUGUUUUGAUGACUGUAUUUACGAGUGCAAGUUUACAAACCUAAGAAGCUUUUGUUCUCUUGAGUCUAUAUGAGCACAGAGCUUUCAACAAUUGGCUGCCUCUGUCUCUGCUCCUGCUUCAUCAGGUUGGAGGAGCGCCUCUCCCAAGAAACCUGAGACAGUUGUCUCUUUUUCAGAUGCUCUGUGCUCACAGUCAUAAGCCAAGACUUGUCCUCCUGUCCCGUUUACAGCCUUCCUCCCACUACUCUUCUGUGGGUGCUUUAUGACAGGGCUGUCUAUAGUCUUACAGUGUCCUCGCCGGCUCCUUCCCACUCCGUCCAUUUAAUGCUUCUUGAGUCUGGCUUAACAGUGUUCCAGAGUCCCUUUGUUCUACAGCAGAGUUACUUAAUAAUUUAUUUUAUAUUAUUAUUGAAACAGCAUCUCUAUAUAUAUUCCCCUUGCUGGUGUGGAACUUGCUUAUGUAAAACAGGCUGUCCUCAGACUUUCAUCAGUCUUCCUGCCUCUGCCUCACAAAUUCUAGGAUUACAGGCCUUUGCCACCAUACCCAAUGGGUAGAACCUGAUUGUUUUGUUAGCUUGGGAUGUAGUACAGUGGCCAGUGAUUGCCUGCACAAGGCCCUGAGAUUGAUCUCUCGCAUCUAAACAAUGAGAGAUGUACAUGCACACACAUGUGCCUGGUAUUGAGAAGCCAUAAGCCCCUGGAGCUUCAGUUACUUUUAAAAGGUAGAACUGUUUGUGCCUAGGAACUCAGGAACAGCUUAGGUAGCAGAGACUCCAACUUAAAAGAACAAGAACAGAGUCGGGUGUGGUGGUGCACACCUUUAGUCCCAAUACUUGGAAGGUAGAGGGAGGUGGAUCUCUGAGUUCAAGACCAGUUUGGUCUAUAGAAUGAAUUCCAGGACAGCUAGGGAUACACAGAGAAACCCCCGUCUCACAAAGCAAAACAGAAAUGCUGCUGUUCUUUCUACAGAAGUACUCCUGAGCCUUCAGAGGCAGGUAAAGCUUAUGAAGCCAGGCAUGGUGACAUAUGCUAUAGCUGGCCUUUGCUACUUUGUGGGUUCUUCUGUUUCCCACCCUUUAUCCUCUCCUCUGAGUCUCCUCCUAACACUGGAUAAGAGAGAAAGAAGCAUGGGGGGGAGUGUCGCUGAAUUUAAUUUCUUUCUUUUUUUAGUAGACUGUGGCUACUAACAGACCACAACUGUCCUCCAUCCUCCUUUAAUGACCAGCAACCACCUACCCCACCUCUUGGUGCCCCGGUGUUUAUAUACCUUCUGAAAAGUUUCCAGAAUUCCAAACAUCACACAGUCAUAGAAACUAACUUUCGUGAGAUAACUUUCCAAUUCCUAGAAACUGGGUUGAAGCCUUUUGAAGUGGCCAUUUUGAGUGCCAAUAUUUUUGUGAAAUGAUAGUUACAUCAGCUCCUGUAUCCACCAAAACUUCUAUUUCAGUAUCAUUUACUUGCAAUUUUAAUUUUAUCCUCUGAUGAUUAAUAACUGUUUGCCAGAACACAUAUUUUUCAGUACUUCCAAACCCUCCUGUUCAUUCUACUGGAGUGAUUUUGCCUUUGAUGUAGGGAAGCUAACGCUGAGCAGUCCUGCCACCUGUGUUAAACUGCAUCUCUUUUUUACAUAGGCCGUGAUUUUAACUUCUCCUUUGAAAUCUGAUCUAUAAUUCCUGGAUGC